GGGUAUCACAGCCAUCAAUAUGUUUCCUUCUGGAACGUCUCUAGAAUGAAACCAACGCUCACUGGAUUAUAAACGGCUAUGCCCUCUAUUGUUAUGAUCGCCGUCCUCAUCUCAGAAGGUCUUGAUAUCCAAACAAAGUCAGAUCUGAGGAACAACCUCCUCCGCGAUGGAAGUGACUCACGAUGACAAUUACGACGACAAAUUAACUGACACAACCGUCAAGCAUGUACCUCCAAAGCUCGAGCAGGCACGGCUUGCCGCCGAAGAAGAGCAUAAUCUUUCGGUCUGGCGAGCCUUGACUGAGAACAAACGGGUCGUUUUUUGGUGCAUCUUCUUUGCUUUCAGUGCGAUCGGCUGGGGCUUCGAUGCGCAGGUCAAUGGCGCAAUGGUUGGAGUGCCUCAAUUUCGUCGCACCUUUGGAUACAUUUACGAAGGUGAACCUGUCAUCCCAGCUAGCUGGCUCUCUGGAUUCAACAGCAUUUCCAGUGUCGGACAAUUCUUUGGCGCUUUUGCAUGUUCCUGGUUGUCCGACCGCCUUGGCCGAAAGAACUCCCUCUUCAUAGGACUAAUUAUCGUCUCUGGGGGGAUUUUCGGCCAAAUCUUCGCAGCGACUCGUCCAGCAUUCCUCAUUGGGAAGCUGAUUCUCGGUCUUGGACUCGGAUUCUAUCUCACAAUCGGUCCCCUUUACUGCUCCGAGGUUGCACCUGUUGUCAUCCGUGGAAUGGUCACUGGAGGUAUCAACUUUGCCAUCGUCAUUGGUCAGCUCCUGUCCAAUGCUGUGAUCAAAGGCUUCGGGGAGAGGACUGAUAACUGGGCUUUCCGAGGCCCAUUCGCUCUCCAGUUCCUAUUUGUUUUGAUUCUUCUCGUUGGCCUGCCAUUUGCACCAGAAUCACCUUGGCAUUAUGUUCGUCAUGGCAGGAUCGAAGACGCGAAAAAGAGCCUACAACGUCUCCAUGGCCCAAGUGUGGACGUCUCCCCUCGACUGGCAAUGAUCAUUCGAACAAUCGACGAAGCCUCAGAAGUGUCCCAGGCAGGAAAGUGGGUCCAGUGCUUCACUGGGACAAACUUGAUACGGACAGUUAUUUCUGUCGGUGUCUUUGCGUGUCAGCAUCUCUCUGGCAUCGUCUUUGCCCUUGGGUUUUCCACCUACUUCUUUGAACUCGCAGGUAUUCCGAUCAACCAUGCAUUCGACCUGGGUGUCGGAGUUACAGCGUGUGGUGUGGUCGGAGUGAUCAUUUCCUGGUCGUUGAUCAAUACAGUGGGCCGCAGGAAAUUGUUCGUAUGGGGCAUGAUUGGAAUGACCAUUGUCAUGAUUCUAAUGGGCAUCCUUGAUGUCGUACAUACUUCGGCUGCGCGUUGGGUUCAGGCUUCCUGUACCGUCAUCUACGCUCUGAUUUAUCAGGCCACGAUCGGUGUCGUCGCAUUUGCUCUACUCGGUGAAGUCUCAACUCCUUCCUUGCGGGCAAAGACAAUUGGUCUUGCGACCGCAUGUCAAGCCGUCUUUGGCACAUUGACGAACAUCGUGGUACCCUACAUGGUCAACCCCGACAAAGCAAACCUUAAGGGUAAAGUCGGCUUCGUCUUCGGAGGCGCCAGCUUUCUAGGGACAAUUUGGGCAUACUUUUACGUCCCAGAAUUGAAAGGUCGAACGUUUCAAGAAAUCGAUUGGCUGUUCCACCAUAGCGUUCCUGCAAGGAAAAUGGGUACUUACAGAAUUGAUGACGUGAAUGAAUUAGCGUGACGCAUUGCCGCACGAGAAUCAGUAUACGAGAUAGCUUGGCCAGACAGCACGGACAGACGGAGAAUCGCCCAAAGCAGGUCUAGGAUGAUCACGAAUUGAGGGCGGGGUCUACAACGGUUAUGGAUAUCUGUCUGCUUGGGUCUAUACGGGAAUGGGAAUCCGUUUAUCUGGGUGUUGGAAAGUGUAUACAAGAGUACAAGAACACUAGCGCAUAAAAUGUGGAACUCGGGUAAAGAUUUGCUAGGAUAAAGGGGUAUUAUAUCUUCCCCUGCUUCAACG